CAUACUCAUGGGAUUUCCCCUUGCCAUACCGUAUCCUGUGCCAGGCUUCAUGUGCUGUCGGAUUUUUGAGGGAAGAAUUUUCUCUUUUAUACUGAUAUUUUUGCAGUGUGGACAUUCAUUGAUAGAUUUUCACAAAAGAAAGUCCAAUGUCUGCGGUAAGUGAAGGGCAGUCAGCUGUUGACAAAGAAAAUGGGUCUUUGCCGCAGAGCGAAGAAAAACUUUGUGAACUGCCGUCAUCUGCGACCCCAGAAGAGAGAAUCCAGCAUAAAUUGGCAAAAGCAGUGGACUUCAAGCAAAAGGGAAAUGACCACUUCAAGCAACAGCAGUUGAAGAAGGCCAUAAGGAAUUAUCAUAGUGGACUCAUGUAUAUGAAGGCAGUGGAUCAGGACAUGAAUCCAAAUAAACAUUUCGGUCAAAGCCGCGCUGCUCCAAAACUACCCCAAGAGACGAAAGAUGCCGUGAUGACCAUAACGGCUGAUCUGCACAACAAUUUAGCAGCAUGCCUAUUAAAGCAAGAACCUGUUCGGUAUGAGAGAGUGGUUGAGUGUUGCAAGCAAGUGACGGAGUUCCAGCCCAAGAAUGUGAAGGGCUGGUACCGCCUUGGGCUCGCUCAGUUCCACCUUCGUGACUAUGAUGCGGCGAAAGAAGCUCUGAAAGAAGCUAAUGCAAUAUCUGAAGGCAAAGACACAGCAGUAAGAAAAUUAAUGCUCCAAGUAGACCAAGAACUAAGGAAAGAGAAUAAGAAGUUCAGUGAUAUGUUUAAGAACAGUCUUUUGGUGAAACAGUCUUGACAAUAAUGUUGUUAAAAGUCCAAUAACCAUGUAUUAAUCUCGUAAGGCCUUUUAUGUUAUGCCUAUAGAAAUAAGUUGUUUUUUUCCUUCCAGACUUGAAGUAGUGUUGUUUUUGUUGUGUGUUUCAUUGAUGAUGUCUGCAGAUGGGUACAAGAAUUAUUUUUUCUUGUGAAAGAAACUAUGUGAUGUUAGUUCUGCUAGUGAAGAGAAGUGGAUUGUAUUAAUUUGCAAAAUAUGACUUACAUUUUACUGUUGCAGUACAAACAAUACUAAGAAUUAUGUACGGUGAUUCUUCAGAUAUGAGAACAGUAUAUGGUACUCAGGAAUUAUAGUGGAACUGUCUAUUUAAUCAAAAUUCUGUUUUGUUUUAUUUUUUUGGUUAAUUUACCACUGUUGGCAAGGGUGAUGAGAUGGCGGCAUUAUUUUAAUGUUUAGCUUAGCAUUGUUGGUUAAUGAAUAUUUCAGUUUUUUAUGAUUGUAAUGCUGGCAUUCUUUGCUUGACAUCUCUACCAUUACAAUGUAUAUUACAUUAUGUAACAAUUAAAUCGUACUUGAUAUUUAUUCAUUUAUUUUUUUAAAUUUAUAUCUUUCUAUGCUUUGCUUAAUGUUAUAAUUCCAAGUUAUUAUAGAAGUGUACCCACCAUUUUCCAUUGUCUUGGCUUUAUAACUGUUAUUGAUCUGGAGAAACAAAUUUGUGAUAUUAUUGGACUUUUAAUUAUACCUUCUUCAUGUAUGAUCCUUUGUCCAUCCUUCACACACUCCAGUUCCUCCUUGCUCUUUCAUUUGGUUAUUUGUGGUCCAUUUAAAUGCACGGUAUAGAGCAUAUGAUAAAAAUAGUGUUACAGUUGCAACAAUGAAUGUUAAUUUAAAAAUGAAGUUGAGAUUACCCCAAGAAUGUAUUUUCACAGGCAGUAGCGUAUUUCUAAAUAUCUCUGAAUGUAGAGUUUUCUUGUUAUUGAAUUUGAUUGAUGUUUCACGUUUUAAAUUUUAUGAUGCCUCUGAAUAUACCAUCCUUUGCAGAACUUAUUGGGCAUAUUGGUCUUUCCAUUUUUGUGUACAUUUUCUAAAGCUCAGUAAACAAAAUCUAGUAAUAAAUUGGAUUUAUACAUA